UGUGGCAUUGAUUGCAGACGUCUGGCGUGGCAGUUCGAAUCAAACCUCUACCUGGAUAUUGCACGGUUAUUGCUUUCCUUGCUGCAUGCUUGGAAUAUUGACAAUGAUCUCGAUGCUGUUUGCAUUAAAAAACUUGGCCUCAAUAAGCCGAAGGGGCAGCUCUACUUCGGUAAUGUGUCACGACAAGGUCAACUUUCCGUUGUGCUCCCUCAACGAACUCAGCUAACAUUUGACUAUUUUUCUACUGAACUCCGCUGGCAGGCGAGCCAUUCACUAACCACAACUCAUUUACUUGCCAUAAUCUCAACGGCAAAUACGCUUAUGGGCAUGAAAAACGCAGCUGCUCAAGUCGAGAAUACACGAAGGAGUUCGCUGGCAUCGCAGGCGCAACCACAAAAGAAACUCACUGCGGAAAACAUGAUCAGUGAGCGGCAGCAACUCAAACAAGGAUGGAGUCUUCUCGCUGCUUUACAUUGCGUCCUGCUUCCUGAUCAUGUACAUCCACGAAGCAGCUACGCUGCUCCCCGCAUAGAACUUCUCGCUAGAAGAUGGCAAGACAGCUGUGUCGAGAUCCGUGAGGCUGCCCAAGCUCUUUUGAUUCGAGAACUGUCUCGGCUAGGUUCUCCAGGACGUCGACGCCUUGUUGAAUCGUGGACACCGUUCCUUCCACCGUUAUUAGAUCCAGCACUGUCGAUUUUUGGUCCGUUUUGA